AUGGCGGAACCAUCUUUCGACGACGACGACGAUUUCCAGGAUGCCGAUAGAGGGUUCAUUGCUGCUCUUGAACCAGGUGUAAUCAGGAAGACGAACGGAGAUGUCGUGUGGAACAUUGACGAGUUCAACUUCCUUCGGGAAGACUGCCCGGAGACGGCCCAUCCGUACCUUUGGCGGCAAGGUUUGCUCAAUUCUAAGCAGGGACUCUAUGAAAUUGUGCCUAGCAUUUACCAGAUCAGAGCCUUUGACUUGUCGAACAUGACGAUUGUCGAAGGUGACAAAGGGAUUAUCAUCAUCGAUCCUUUGAUCUCUUGCGAGUGUGCAGCAGCCGGGCUGGCCAUAUAUCAGAACCAUCGUGGCUCCUCCCGUCCCAUCACUGCUAUGCUGUACAGUCAUUCUCACGGCGACCACUACAUGGGCGCCGCAGGGGUACUCCCCAACAACCCAGACCCCACGAUCCCUAUCAUCGCUCCUGAUGGCUUCAUGGAGGCAGUCCUGAGCGAAAGCAUGAUUGCGGGCCCUGCUAUGCGUCAACGUGGUGCGUACAUGUACGGCCGUGGGCUCGAGCGAGGGCCAAAAGGCCAUAUUGGGACCGGACUGGGAAUGGCCUCCAGCACGGGAACCACCUCGCUGAUACCGCCAAAUCUGCUUAUCAAGGAGACCGGCGAGGAGCAUGUUAUCGACGGCGUGCGAAUGGUAUUCCAAAUGGUACCAGGAACUGAAGCUCCGGCCGAAAUCAACUUCUUCUUCCCAGACUUCAAGGCUCUAUGCAUCCCGGAAACAGCAACUAACUGCAUGCAUAACAUCGUGACCCUCAGAGGCGCGCAAGUUCGCGAUGCAAAGGCUUGGUCUCGAUAUCUAGACGAGGCAAUUGUCAUGUUCGGAUACGGCUCCGACGUCGUAUUUGGCAGUCAUAACUGGCCAACCUUUGGACAGAAGGAACUCAUCGUCCGUCUUUCUCAGCAAAGGGAUAUGUACGGGUACUUACAUGACCAAACGGUGCGGCUGAUGAACACCGGCCUAACCGGCAUCGAGAUCGCCGAGAAGCUUGUCCUUCCUCCCAACAUAUCCAAGGCAUGGCAUUGCCGGGGCUUCUACGGAUCUCUGUCCCACAACGUAAAGGGUAUUUAUCAGAGGUACAUGACCUGGUUUGACGGCGAUCCAUCUCACCUGUGGCAAUACCCACCAAAAGAAGAGGGUGCGCGGUACAUCGACUGCCUCGGUGGCCUGGAUGCACUCUGCGACAAAGCGGAAGGAUAUAUCAAAGCCGGAGACUCUCGUUUCGCAGCGACCCUUCUCGGCCACGCGAAGGCGGCACACCCAUCGUAUGAAAGAUCGAGAUUGUUGCUCGCCACAGCCUACGAGAACCUCGGGUACGGCUCUGAGAAUGCGACUUGGAGAAACUUCUACCUCGUUGCGGCAAAGGAACUCCGAACCGGAAAGGGACCUGGCUUGCUAGGUGGCGGGCGUACGCCGUUGGGGGCGAGUCUGACGGUCGAACAGUGGUUCGACAUCCUCUCAGUACAGAUUGACGGAGAAAAGGCGGCAGCACAGGAUCUCGAAUUCACGAUUGACUUCGACAUUGUGGAUAUUGAAGAGAAGUGGAGGUUGAUAGUCAGCAACGGGGUUCUAGUGUAUCGCGAUGUGAACAAGCACUCCAACAACUCGCGGGAGGAGGCAGAUCUGGUGAUAGGCCUCAAGAAGAUUGAACUUCUGGAUGUCUUAAGAGGGAAUGAUGUUCAGUUUGUGGUAGUUGAGGGAAACGUCGAAGCGCUGCGACUGCUUGUCAGUCUGAUUAUCGUAGCUGAAGGUGAUAAGCGGGGCCCAAGUCAAAUCUAA